GGCAGGUGGAAAGGGGGAGGGGUCUGGGGUGGUCCAGACAGUCGGUCCUUGUGUAGCUACCUCACACACUCUCAGCCUCAUGCGCAUCAUUUAAGGGGAGCCCUGCUGUCGCCUUUUUUUUUUCCUCUCACCGACCGGCUGCUUCACAAUAACACAACCGCUCCAGCGUUUCCACUUUGUUGUUGUUGUUGUUGUUUUUUUUUUUUUUUUACAUCCCUAUUUGUCUCUCUGCGUCCGAAGCCAACCGUUCAACUUAAACCGACUCGCAUCCACCGUUACAUGGGAAAAUACGGCUCCGCCAGGCGCAUUUAUUCUCUCCAACCCGAGAGGUGGAAAACGUUCGAGGACUGAAGGAAAAAAGCAGCAGUGAUUCGUGGACGUGCAGCGCACCAUGAGAAUACUACAACUACCAUCAAGGUAUAACGGAGUUAGUGCGAUUCCGCUCCAUCAUUUCACUGUUCCUUCGUCAUCAGAUUAAUGCAGGUUUUUUUUUAUUUUUAAGGUGAUUAUUUUUUUAAACACUUGCCGCUGGUGUAGGAUGCGAUCGUUUGCGCCGUGGUAUCUUAACGCAGCGUUCGGUGAGGAUGUCUGCAUCGCGGGAAUAUAUCUUGUCAGGAAGCCUAACCUGUCCCCGCUGCAGUAUAGUGGGCUUUUCUUUUUCUUUUCAUUCAAAAUGUGUAUGAGAAUAAAGCAUUGACGCUCUCUGUAAGCGUGAGUUGUCAGAGUUGCUGUCGGUAUUUAGUAUUUUAAAGCAAACCAUCAACCCCUUCAGUUCCUUCAACAGAGUGGGAGGAGAAUAGAUUUUGUAUCUGCUUUCACAAAACAAGUCUGGGAUUUUAAUUUUCCUCCUCAGAUGUUUUUUUUUUUAAGAGCUGCUUUGGAGUCAGAAGAGAUACCCCCUGAUGCAUCAUUUCUUUUUGGACCUUACAGGUCUCGUGCAUGGUCUUCUGAAGUGAUGAUGGUGAGCCUUUCAUUUUACUUACACCAUCAAAGCUCCCUGCAUCAAGGCAACCGGGAGGAGCUGGCAUGGACCGCUUUGUCUAAAUGAAGUGGUUCCGCCAUGCAAUGUUCCUGGAAGGCAGUGAUUCUACUGGCCUUGGCCUCCAUCGCCAUCCAGUACACGGCCAUCCGGACACUCACCUCCAAGCCUUUCCAGCUGUGCCCUUUGCCCAGCCGCCAGAACUGUGGUGUUGGGGGCCAGGAGACCGAACCCCCCUUUGAGCGGGGAGCAGCAGGCAGUGGAGGCUGUGAUGACUACCCUUACUUCUCCAUCAAUGCCACGCGUAAAACGCACAUCCUGGUGCUGGCCACCACCCGCAGCGGCUCCUCCUUUGUCGGCCAGCUACUGAACCAGCACCAGGAGGUGUUCUACCUGUUCGAGCCCCUUUAUCAUGUCCAGACCACGCUGAUCCCGCGUCUCUCGCACAGCCGCAAUGCUGCGGACCGCCGCGUGAUGCUGGGCGCCAGCCGGGACCUCCUGCGCAGCCUGUACGGUUGCGACCUUUAUUUCCUGGAGAGCUACAUCAAACCGACGCCCACGAACCACACCACGGAUAAACUGUUCCGUCGUGGCGCCAGCCGGGCGUUGUGCCAGCAGCCUGUGUGCGAUGCCUUCGGUACCGCUGAUGUGAAUGUUGAAGAAGGGGACUGCGUGAAGAAGUGCGCGGCCCUGAACAUGACCUUAGCGACGGAGGCAUGCCGCGAGAAGCGGCACGUGGCAAUCAAAAUUGUCCGGGUGCCCGAGAUCGGAGAUCUACGCGCUUUGGUGGAGGACCCGCGGUUGAAUAUCAAAGUGAUCCAACUGGUCAGAGACCCGCGUGGCAUCCUGUCAUCGCGGAUCGAGACGUUCAGGGAUACGUAUCGUCUGUGGCGUAUUUGGAGGGCCACGGGGCGACGGCCCUACAAUCUAGACCUGAGUCAGCUCACAGUUGUCUGUGAAGACUUUCUCAGUUCUGCUUCAACUGGUCUCAGCCAUCCCUAUUGGCUGAAAGGGAAAUACAUGUUGGUUCGCUAUGAGGAUUUGGCCAGGAAUCCGCUCCUCAAGACGAAGGAGAUCUAUGACUAUCUGGGGCUGCCUUUGGAUAAAAACGUGGAAGACUGGAUACAUGCAAACACUCGGGGCAGCAGUGAGCCCUCAGCCAAACACAAGUUUGGUACAGUGAGGGACUCGGCAGCUAAUGCCGAGAGUUGGCGCUUGAAACUGUCUUACGACAUGGUAGAAUACACACAGACUGUUUGUCAAAAAGUACUUCACCAGCUGGGAUACAAGGCUGUGAAAUCAGUAGAGGAACUGAAAAACAUGUCCCUCUCACUGGUGCAGGACAAAACUUUUGUACCCAUUUUGUAACAAAGAUAGUUCUCUAAUGACUAUUUUUGAUAUAUUUAUAAUUGUUGCCUUAUGAUUUCCUCAGUGUCGGUUUUUGGUUUCUCUACUUUUGUUUCUUGAAAUUUGCACUAAAGAUUUUGAAUGCACCGAGGGAACUGCGGAUGAUUCCUCCAUUGUUACAGAACAGCACACUUUAAACACAGAGUAAUCAAAAGAGCUAGUUUACAAAUGUCUCAUUAUUUCGUUUUUGUUCUUUCAUUAAUAGAACCUAUAUGAGGCACUGUCUUCAUGAAUUCUCCUGUAUGCAAGCUGUUGUCUAACAAAAGAACAUGGGAUGGGGGUAGUGGUGAGGCGGACAUGUUUCUUUUAAACCUGCGAUGGGAAAUUCGGACUGUACAAGCCCUACUGUGCAAUAAACAGUGAAUGUCGCAGUCAA